AUGAAAUCAUUAAUCUUCGAUAGCCCGACUAAAGUUAUAUUCUAUGGUAGCAGGCAGAGCUCAUUUAUCAUAGAAAAUUAUUGCAAUGAUGGAGAUAUCGAAUUUCGCGAUAGAGUCAAGAAAAACCUAAUUACAAUUAAAAACUUCACGAUUACAAAUGUAUUUCGGACAUCUAUGGUUACAUUUCCCAUUUAUGAAGAGUUAUUUGUGAAUCCUUCAUUUAAACUUGAAGUUGUAUUAGAAGAAAACGAUGUAAUAGAGUUUGCUAAUGAAGGUAUUUAUGCUUCCGAGAUCUUUAUUAAUACAAUGAAAUUUAAAUCGAUUUUAUUCAAAGCAAAGUCAACAGUUAGGCUAACAAAGUCAGCCCCGAUACCUAUAUUCAUGCAAGAGAUACCAAGCAUCGAAUUUUCUUCACCAGAUGCUUUCAUUACUUUUAAUCCAAUUUGGGGAGCGGCUCCUGUUACAACUGUUGGUCCAGGGACUAUCAGAGCGGAAAAUUCAAUUACAAUUGACUUCGAAAACAUCGAAGAUAUCACUCCAUCCAUUUAUAAAAUUUAUGCUCGACAUAUUACUAAGAAUACCACCAAAUACAACGGCAAAUUCUGCUUCUACAACGUUAACAUACCAGAAAAUAAAGAUUGCGCCUUCGUGAAGUACAAUUUGGGCGGUCCAAUCACAUAUCCAAUUCCAAACACGUUAAAACUGGCCAACUUCUUGAUAUACGAUACCUACCCAACACAAGCACAGAUAGAUGCAGCCUAUUUCGCAGGUAGAACCAUCUCAAUCGUUGGAGCUGACUUCAUCACAAAAAUUUCAGUGGAUUUAUCACAUGGUGGCCCUGCACACAUGUUUCUUGAGAACGCCGAUAUCGAACUGAUCGGUUCAGAGCUCUCAAUUCAGAAUUUAACCCUUGGAAAAAAAGUUAAAUUAAAUUUCAAAGACGAAAACCUUCCAGUUUUCAAUGUUUCGACAUUGGAAUGCAUGGAACCAACUGACUUCUUCCAGGACUGCAGAUUCCACUGCCAUAACCUCAUUAUUCCUUCAAAUAACUUCAAUUUAAUUGAUGAUUUGGAUGAUGACCAAGUUGACUACACCUACGUCAAUUUCAAGGAAGGCCACCAAAUAAAGGAGCUCGUUUUCAGGCAAAACAGCUUCCAAAUCCAGUUUGCUGGCAAAGCAUUUCGAAUUCCGAACCAACAGCUCUUGAAAUUGUCUUUUGUACUUCCGUAUCAACAGAACCAAGAAAUUAAAAUAAGAGCAGUACUUCCUUAUGAGUACAAAUUGGAGUUUUUCCCUAAAAUAAUUUAUUUGAACGAAUCUUCUGUCAACUACGACUUUGACGAGAGUUGGGAAGACAACAAUAUUGGUGUUAAGUCCGGUAGAGGUGAUUUCUUCCAUCCAACUAAGAUAAAUUACAUUCAUUCGAAAUCAUCAAUUACGAAACUGCUCGAGAUCUUCGAUUUAAAGGAAUAUAUCCACUCAGAUAGAAUUCACAGCUCCGGAUAUUGCAUUUCUGAUGAUCCAUCCCAAUGCGGACAAGAUCAACAAGUUAUACCAAACUCAGAUAAGGUCUUGAGUAGAAUAUUCUUGCCUGAUCCGUAUGGAGAUUGCACUAUAAAGGUAGUUUCCCCUAAUGUUAUCCUCGAUAUGCAUUGUUUCGGAGGAAUUAAUGUGAAAUUAUACUCACAGUCCUCAAAUACGAUCACCUUGCUUUUCAGACCUAAUGUUAUUAUUCCGAAACUCGAAAUCUACUACUUAACAACCAAUUUCAGAACUGUAGAUGAAAUGGAUUCGAUUAUCAUCGGAACAUUGAUCUCAGAUACAUCCGAAAUCCAAACAGCCGGAAUGAACAAGCCGAUAGAUGUCCAUAAUCUUAUGAAAAUCUUGGCUACGGCCUAUUUUAACUUAGUUUCGUUUUUAACUCCAUCGACGACGCGUAGAAUCGAGUUAGUUUCAAGCGAUGACUCCAAGCCAAUAUCAAACAUUAUCGUUUGUCCCGACCAUUUCGUUUUCGAAAUGACAUCUCAAUAUACAGUUAUAGCAAACUUCUCAAUGUUUGCAUCUAUCACAUAUAUCCAUGCUUCCCAGAAGGCUACGAAGAUUACUAUUGCUCCAACUAACCGAUUUGGUGUAUUUUUGCCGAAAAUGCCAGAUUUAGAAUUCCUCAGCUUAUCAACUUAUAUCUCCUUCUCCGAGGAUUGGUUCGAGCUCAACCCUGUCGUAUCCAGUAAAGGCCAUAUCACAACUCGUCAUGCUUAUCCAGCACAAGUCUUUACUCCGAGGAAUGUAAUUCCGGAUAUUUUUAUUUUCGACCAAGAACCAAUUGUCAGCUUUUUCUCUGACUCUUCUUAUUGUUUGUACAAAUCAAAUCCGAAAUCUUGUCCGGAUUCGUACAUUCCUUUCAAAUACUCCUCAAAGAAGAUCAGUAUGAAGGUCCUGGAGUCGUAUACCAAGCAAUUAACAAUAUUUAUUGCGGAUUCGACUCCAUCAGAUAUGCCAACUAUAGAUGAAGACGUCGCAUCGCUUGAUAAGUUGACAAUUACGGCUAAGUAUACACAGUUUGUUGCAAUACAUGCCGAAAAAGUCAUCAAAACGCUGAAUUUAAUUAAUACCAAUAUUUAUGUUUUCUCUCAGACGAAUAUUCCUGUUUAUAACUUAUCAAUGAUUGGAUCUUCAACCAUAUUAUCAGAUACAAUGAACAUUAGCCACGCAACUUUGUCUUUAGAAUGUUAUAAGAACAUACAAGACAAAUUACGACCAACUACUGACAUAAUCAUACUCGAUGAGAACAUGUCAACCAUUUAUUUCAGAAACGAUGUAAUUUACAUCAACGAAAUUCCGAUUUAUUAUACGUAUUACGACCAUAUCUCACUAACGAUCCUCCAUACAGUCAUUUUCGCUCCGUAUGGUAGUAAUUACAUAUGUUCCAAGCCUCUAAAUAUCGAUUUCGCCGGAAAUGACCCUUCAGUUACUUUUGAUUCAUCCUGGGAAACGAUUCCGACCGCAAACAGGACCAAUGCCAACAUGACGAGUGAUGUUCCGAUUAAAAUCUUCGGUGUUGUCCACGAUGGCUUCCAAUUCUCCAAAGAAUACAUAAAUUCUGCUGCCAAAAUCUGCGUCCACGGUCGUCAUGACUCUUGUCCGUCCGGAUAUACUAAAUUGCAGUACAAUAACAAGCCAUUAGUCCUCGACUCGUCCAUUAAACAGAUGGAGUUACUCAUAAUGCCAGAAAAAGUCAUAAUUGACGGGGAAUCAUUUUCUUUGUUUUCUCUCAAAUUAUUGGCAAAUUCUGUCAAAACCAUCGAAAUUAUUAAAACGAAAUCUGUUUUAGAAUACAUAGAGCUUGAGAACAUUACAUUAAAUAUCAAUGACAUGUUCAGAGUGAAUCAUGUUCGAGCAAAAGGAAUUUCCAAAAUUUCGAAAGGCUUCGAUUUGACGAGUUUCGAAUUGAACUAUGAGUCCAAAGACAUUUUAGACAGUUUCAAUGACAAUUACAUCAAUAACUUGACACUUAAUUUGCCAUUGGAUGUUGAAGGAAUCGAAGUUUUCGAGAAAUACUACAUUUUCCAUGAGAAAAACAACGAAAAAACGAAAUUUGACACGAGAAAGAUCCGAUCCAUUUAUCUUCUCGUGAGUAGUUAUUAUCUUAACAUGAGUACACAUUCAGACACAGCAUCAUUGAUACCAUCAAUCUCAAUGAAGCAAGGAAUCGUGUUUUUCGAUGGAAAAUGGAUAAAUGUCAGAUCAGAAUCCCAUGGAUUUUUGAAAGGAAUGACAGAAGUUGUUAUAUACGACACAUUUCCAGAAUUGAUCUAUGACAUCGACCCAACAAUCACACAGACAGUAAUGUCCCAAGAUAUCUGUCUUUUCUCAGAUUCGAUGUCUUCUGAAUCGUGUCCACGCGGUGCAAGACAAGUGAAGUAUUCUGAGAAUUCUGUCGAAAUUUUCGCAUUGAAUUCUGUUUGGUUUUACAUUUGUGACACGAAUCCGGUCUCUCCUUUGAGAAUCAAAUCAAGAAUAAAGUUCUCCCAGGUAGAGAUGUUCGCUCUUGUUACAAUACAAGACGUCAUAUUGGAUUGUCAAACAGAAAAAUUGAUUUUGAAUGGUAUUAAUUUAUGUUACACAAAAAGUGACAAUGUUUUGGAAAUGUUGAAAUUAGUUUCAAGCGAUAUUAUCAAUACAACAAGUAUAACAACUAAUCAACUUGUUGUAUGUGGAAUAUCACAAACAUUGGAUAUAAUUAAAUCCAAUAAAUUUACUUUCUUAACAAACCAAAUCAAAAAGUUAAUUUUUGACAAUGAAAACGUGACAGCAGUUGAUCCAUUUGAAAAUACAACAUUCAAAAAUAGAGAUUUUGAAUUAGUUGUAACAGAAAAUGUGAAAGUUCAAUGCGAUGAUGGAGUUUCUAAACCAAAUUUGCCUUCUUCAAUUGAACUUCAAAAAGAUUCAACUCUAUUCAUUGUUUCUUCUUCAUUUAGCUCUGUAAAUAGAGAGGAAAAAGUCAUUGUUAAAGGAAAUGGAAACCUUUUGACUGAAGAAUCUUCUCUACCUGAUUUCUUUGAUGUGGAAGAACAAGUUAAGGUGAAGACAAAGCAAACUAUUCAGUAA